GCCCCACCGGCCCGGGCUGGGGAAGCUUUAUAAAGUGCCUGGCUGCGGGAUGGAGGCAUUCACACCGCACGGCGCUGCAGCCCGCAAGACAAGCCGCCAACAUGAGUCUCUGCCGCCGAGUUGCCCUGACCCUCCUCUUCGCCCUGCUGGCUGGGAGCCUCUUGCAAAGCCGAGCUGCCCCCUUGACCGGGGAACUGCGCUGUCAGUGUGUCGAGUUGUUUUCUGGCCGGAUCCCCAUGAAACACUUUGCCCGGAUAAAUCUCUAUCCCCCAGGGCCUCACUGCGCCAACACUGAAGUCAUAGCCACCACAACAGAAGGGAGAGAAGUCUGUCUGGACCCUGAGGCCCCUUGGGUUAAAAUGGCUGUCAAAAGGAUUCUGGAAAAGAAUAAAGAAAGCAACCAGCCAUGAAAGAAGAAAUUGAAUAUUGACAAAUAGAACAGAUGAUGGUGACUUCCAAGAGGGAAGACAUUAACUUGGAGCCUGUGGAAGGAAGAGCUGGAAAGUGAAUCCUGCAUUCCUUGUUUUGAUAGCGGAGCCACCGUUUCGAAUGCAUUCCACUAUUAUUGCACCUUGUUUUUAUGUAUUUAUUAUAUAAAUAUUUAUUCCUAUUUUUGGUUGUUUGGAUCAGCAGCACUGGCAGCUGCUGUGACAGCACUUUGUGUAAUCAAAGAAUGUGGAAUGUAUGUCACAGCACCAGAUGGCAGAUGGUUACUUCCAGUGGGAAGUUCUCUUGCACAAGCCAUAUAGAAAUCAGGGGGAGCUGCCUCAGAGUUCUAUAGAGAAGAUGUUGCUUGCUUCAGGGGUGCUUGUGCAGGAGAACUGACUAGAAGUCAGAAGUUUUACUGCACAAUAACAAUAAUAACAACCAAUGUUGUUAUUUUACACAUGGGUAAAGUGAAUCUUCCUUCAUAUUAUCUUCCUUGAAGGCCCUGCUCUCCCUGUAUCAAGUACGAAGGGACAUGGGGCAGGGCCUUGUUUACUGUGGCAUCAGUAAAACAGAACUCUUUUCUCAGGAAAGUUUGCCUUGCUCUUUCCCCAGUGUGGGGCAAAAGAGGUGGCUUUUCAGAAAGCAUUUUAGCUGUUCUGAACUGUAUAAUUUAUAAUGAUGUAAUAAUUUAUAGUGGGUAUGUUGCCAUUGACACUUUCUGUGAUGAUUUCUGUCAUGAUUUACAGAGGGUCUAUCAGUCGUUAUUUUAAGGCUAUGUUUGUGCUUUCUAUUUUUAUGAUGUUUUUAAGGAUGUUGCAACAUUUUUUCAAAAUGACUUGUUGUCCUCUUCUGGAUUUUUGAAUGAAAUUGAGGGAGAAUAAUAUUUUAAUAUUUUUUAAUGAAUAAAUAUAAUGGCUGUAAUCAUACGUCAGCCAUACCUGGAGUAUUUAUUCUCUGUAUUAGGGUUCUUGAGCUAGAGUCUGGAGGGCAGAACAUAAUGCUGUUUUAUUCAGACCUGGGCAAAUGACAAGGACUAUAGCAUUAAUUCCAAGAUGGGCCAAGCUGGAGGCUUCUUGCUACCUGCUAAUCAGGCUGAUGUUGGGUUGGAUCCAAACAUCUUUCCCCCUCACUUUAGUUUAGUUCCCAUCUUCACUACUUCCAUGGCUUUUGUCCCAUGAUCUCCAGAAUGGUCCUUUUGGUCAUCAAAAGGACUUUCCCCCAUUUUUCCUCAGUAGAAAAAUGGGUUGGAUCCAACCCAUUGUAUAGACUUGUUCUAUGUUGCAUGUUUGAGUUGAGAGCACACAGUCUGUGGCAGCUCAGUGGAAUAGAUCCAUAUCACUAGCCACAAGAUUUCAAGCCAAGAUUCUCUAUGAUGCCAACUUGGCUUGGUUUAGGGGAGUAGGUGAACAUUUCAGACAGUGCAACUCUACGCAGAGUGGCAAAGUUUCAGUAAACGAUCACUUGCCUCAUUUCUCCUGACUAAAUAUUCCAGAGUUCUACUGUUAUGCAGAACUGUUAAGAGCAGUAAUGUUGUAAAUUAACUCAUGCACUUUUGAAAGUAUAUCUUCAUUGUACGGCAUAUUGUCAGAAUAACUUCUCAGAACAAUGGUUUGGUAUUAUUGUUUCCCUCCCCCCUUUGGAUUACAGGAAAAAUACCUCAUUUUUAUAAAAAUUGUGCAUGACACAUUAUAAAAUA